CGCAGGGCUCUGAUGGGGACACAACUGCUAAAAGUCGACAACAAAAUCUAUAAAAAAUUGAAAUUAAAAGAAAAUCAACAACAAUCAUCAUAAAACAACAUGAACAAUAAGUGCAACCGAAACAAGUCGGAAGAAGAAGGCAUUCAAACAACAAAAUAAAAAUAAUAACAACAAACCUGUAUGAUUGCAACACAGCUGCUGCAACUUAAGUGAAAAUCAAGGAAAACUUAAGAAACCUCACCACCACUAACCAAUAGCAGUAGUAAACAAAUUGGUAAAUGAUAGAAAACAUAAACUAAACAAAUUUCCACAAGCAAAUGCAAGAGUUUGCUGCUGCAGUUGUUGUUACGACUGAAACCUUUGAGUGAAUCAAUAAUAAUUUAUUUAUAAUACAAUCUUUGUUUUUGCAUUAAGUGUAUAAAAUUUUAAUUUAAUAAAACAAACAUAAUAAAACAUGAGAAGUCGUCGCAAUGAGGGGAGUAGUAAUUACAGUACCGAUACCAGCAGCAGUGAUGAGGAUGCUCAACUUAAAAAAUUACAUGCACGUAUGUGUGGUAUUGGUCAUCAGAAAUACAAUGACAUCGUUUCCAGACCCCGAGCAUCACCCGGAUACUGGCUAUGUUGUUUGUUACCCCUAGCCUUAGUCGUUAGUUACUGCACUACAAUUAGAAAUCAAACACAAUGUCCUGAUAUGCCUAUGAACUACAAAAUUAUCACAAUAAUAUCGGUGGCAUUAAGUAUACAAACCCUAAGUUUUUUUGUUUAUAUCAAUCUACAAGCAAAACUCUAUAAAUGGCUGAUUGUUUUUAUACCCUUUAUGUGUGGCACCGGUUUAUUUAAAGUAUUUUUAAAUGAAUCGUGGGCUUGGUCGCUUUUGUGGACUUUAGCUGCUACCAUAUUCUAUCAAAGAUGUUAUAUACUAGUGAUGCGUUAUAUGCCUAUGAGUUUCACUUAUGGUGAAGCUUCUAUACUGGUGCAAGGUGUUUUGCUCUUUGUGGUGAACUGUGCGCUCUUUUUGAAUGGCAUGGUGUGUGAGAAGGCGUCAGAACUUUUUGGUGAUUUGGCUAAUUUAAAUGUUAUCAUGAUGUUUGCUUUACUUUGGCUUUUGCUUGUUUGCAUUUUAUUGGCAGUUUUCAAAACUUUACGCAAACCUUUACUGUUUUAUCCAUUAAUGGGUAUUUUUGUAUUAGGUGCUACCUUGUCACCGGUGACUAAGCCUUUGCCUAUAGUUUUUGUCUUAAAAUUUAUAUUUAGAGAUUCUAAAAGGCUUUACAUAAUUAUUUUCUAUUUGAGUUUGGUCGCUGCAACAGUUUUUGUUAUUAGCUGGCAAUUGCGUCGUAGCACCAAACAAGCUUCGACACGUGUUCGAAAAAUGUUUCAUUUACUAGUGGUACUGGUCUAUAUACCAGGCCUUCUCUAUGAAUGUACAUUUCUUUAUAUUGCCUCAGGUGUAGCUUUAGCUCUCAUGGCCAUAUUUGAUUUGUUACGAAUAUUACAGAUGCCUCCAUUUGCCAAUAUCUUAGAAACUGCUUUUCAUUCAUUUGCCGAUGAAAAGGAUGCCGGUGUCAUAGCAUUUACGCCAUUUUGUUUAUUGAUCGGUUGUUCCAUACCCAUGUGGAUACAACCCUGUCCUUGUUAUCAAAAUGAUAACGGAUUGAAUCCAAAGCUUUUACCUUUAUUAGCCGGUAUUUUAACAAUUGGCUUUGGUGAUACAGCCGCCAGUGUGAUAGGUUCCAAAUAUGGUCAUACUAAAUGGAAAAAUAGUUCCCGUACAUUUGAGGGCUCUAUUGCCUAUAUUGUGGCCGUAUUAGUACCAAUAGUCAUUUUAUGCUUAUUCGAUUUGUUGACCUUAACAUCAGUGCAAUGUUUAAAUUUAAUUUUAGCCACAAUUAUUACAUGUCUCAUAGAGGCCCAUACAGAUCAAGUAGAUAAUUUAGUUUUACCUUUAGUAUUUUAUAUUAUUGUUAAUUUAGUUUAAUUUUAGUCAAAAUUAUUUACAUUCCUAUUUGCCGUAUAAUACUAGAGACUUUGUUACUGUUAUGAGAUUCUUUUCUUUAACGACUUGUAUUAUAUUUUUAUAUAUUUUGUUAAUUUUUAUUUAUUUAAUAAAAACAAAUUUCUUUAUAUUCUAAGAAAACUGAUGCGUUUUUUUGUCAUAGU